AAAGACAAAGUUCUGCAUGCUCGCCCCUGCAAGCUCCUCCCAGCAUCACAUGCGGGCAGAAGGCUGAGGAAUAUUCUGUGGAAUGAAACAGGACGAGCGAGGGGGUCAUCUGGAUGAAUGUUGGAGCUCCAACUCGCUGGUUGAGCGCCCGCCAUGGCCGACUGGAACUACGACUACCUGAUCAAGCUGCUGGCCCUGGGGGACUCGGGCGUGGGGAAGACCACAUUCCUGUACAGGUACACCGACAGCAAGUUCAACCGCAAGUUCACCACCACCGUGGGCAUCGACUUCCGGGAAAAGAGGCUGGUGUACGCCGGCACCAACGCCGACGGCACCGUCGAGAAGAACUUCCGAGUGCACCUCCAGCUUUGGGACACGGCCGGGCAGGAGAGGUUCCGCAGCCUCACCACCGCCUUCUUCCGGGACGCCAUGGGCUUCCUGCUCAUGUUCGACCUGACCAACCUGCAGAGCUUCCUCAAUGUCCGCAACUGGAUGAGUCAGCUGCAGGCCAACGCCUACUGCGACAGUCCAGACGUGGUCCUGGUGGGCACCAAAGCCGACCUGACCAGCAUGAGGAGCGUCCACGCCAAGCAGGCCCGAGACCUGGCCGACAGAUACGGCAUCCCCUACUUUGAGACCAGCUCGAUGUCGGGCGCCGACGUGGACAAGGCGGUGAGGACCCUGCUGGACAUGGUGAUGAAGAGGAUGGAGCAGAACGUGCACGGAAGCCACAGCUGCCAGGACAACGGCCUCACGGCAAGCCGCCAGGUAGCGCAGGAAGCCACCGUCUGGCGGAGGUGCGCCUGCUGACAGGACACUUCAUUAGGUACACCUGCACCACCCUGAUGGCAACUUUUUGCCUUUGCAAUGAUAAUUAUGUGGACUACGGAGGUGUGUUUCAACCUUUUUUGGAGCCGAGGCACUUUUUUUCCCGUUGAAAACAACUUAAGGGCGCACCACCAGCAGAAAUCAUCAAAAUAUCAAACUCCAUAUUGACAAUAAAAAGUCGUCGGGAAUGAAUUUAAACCAAGGGUCCCCAAACUACGGCCCGCGGACUGAAUACGGCCGCCCCCAGCGUUCAAAAUCCUAAUAUUGUUGUCUGGGUGGAAAUCGGGAGAAAUUCGGGAGAAUGGUUGAUUUCCGGGAGGGGCACUGAAAUUCGGGACGGUUGGCAAGUACGGCAUACACCUGUACCCUUGGACGGUGUCACCACGCUCUGACCAAACAUUGUAUGCCGCCUCUUUUAUUUGGACUUUCCCUGAUUACAUUGCUACAGCUGCUUCUAAGGGAAGGGGGUCAUAAACAGCCAUCCCCUUUGAUUACAAAAAAGUUCAAAGAAAAGGUCGUAAAACAGUUCAAAGAAUUGAUUAACGUGGACCCCGACUUAAACAAGUUGAAAAACUUAUUGGGGUGUUACCAUUUAGUGGUCAAUUGUACGGAAUAUGUACUGUACUGUGCAAUCUACUAAUAAAAGUAUCAAUCGAUCAAA